AUGGGAGAGUUCAAAUGUGAGCUGUGUGAGUUAUCAGCCCUGUACACACACUAUGGGCAGACGCUACCAAACUCAAUAUUCAUGAUGCUUUUGGAAAAAGUCUAUGUCAUGAAGGAUCCUAUCAUGCCUGACAAAGACAAGUUCCUCAUCUUUGGGUCUCAUUGCAGUUUGUGUAGCAGAGCAGUGUGUGUUGGUACAGACUGUAAUCUGUUCUACUCCAAAAGUUUCUGCCUCCCCUGUGUAAAGGAAAAUAUAAAUGGGUUUCCUUUGGAAAUAAAAGAAGACAUGGAUAAAAAGAAGCCCCAGCAGAAAUCCUGCAAAAAAACGGAUACAAAGCAUAAAUCUUGACAGCCCAAGAGCGACAGUUCUUUGGCUGGGGUUUCUCCUCUCUGCUUGGAGACUAUCAUGUUGCUCCUUUUAAAGAAGUGACCUUCAUCAGCUCAGUACUACUGGAGAGAGCAGCACAUUUCCUUGCCCUUGGCUUGGGUUCAGACAUCCCCGUGCAGCGCCGGCCGUGCCAGGGAGCGGCUCCGAGGUGCUGAGGAGCCAGAAAAGAAGGCAGACGAGCCUGCUGUCACCAUGUGAAGUGCUUGCAGUAAGAAACCAAACAGCACAGAGCAUAGGAACCACAUCCAGAUUUUCACAUUUGCUAUUUUAGUGCUUUGUGGUGUUGUUCUUGACACUCCUGCACUGUUAUGAAAUCCUGAACCAGAUUGAUCUGGCUUAAUUCAAUAUAUACCCAAGAAAGCCAGUGUACACCGAUUGUUAAUCUUGCAGUGCUGUCCUGGUAAGAUUACAUUAAGCAGGGAAUUUAAAGCUUUCUUUUUAAGUCUAAAAUAAAAGUGCUGUGAGAAAAUGUCAUAAAUAUAAUACCUAAAUUUUUCAAUAUGGUAAUAUUAAUGUUAUCACAGCAUUGAGACUUGAAAUUCUGAAGGUUGGUGCUUCUGCAAUCAAUAGAAGUAUUUACAAGUCCCUUGCUCUUGCAGUCACUUUUUACUUAACCUU